AUGUCAGGCACCAAUGAAAUACAUAUCAACUCUAUUCAAGAGAAGGUCUGGGCAGGCAAACUUCCCUUGGAAAUUGUUCUAGCCCCUUCAGAAUGCCGGACCUAUGACCAGUCCGAUCCUUACCUGAUCCUGUACCCUCGAGUGUCAUAUUUACCUUUUCUACUACCAAAGCUUCAUUCAUUUUUCCAGCCUUCACUUAUUCACCCGGAAUGUGAACCCCAUUUUGGUUGGUUCUCAUUCGAAGGUGUCCCAUUGAAAUGGCACUAUCCCCUAGGAUUACUCUAUGAUCUCUAUGCUGGGGCUGAACCCAUCUCACAAGCCUCCGCAAGCGACUACAACGACCUAACACAAUCAGUAAUCCUCGCCGGCGGCAAAAAUAUUCAACCUAUUGGUGAAGAUGAGGGUGAUGCCUCUAAUUCGAACCGAUUACCGUGGAGACUUACGUUACAUUUUGAUCACUGGCCCGAUGAGGAUCUCGUACGACUCGAUGCGGGUGGACUCGUCAUGCAUGAUGCUUUUAUAAACAGUGUCAAAGAAGCAGAUUCGCUUCGUAUUCGGGAGGCAAAGGGAAUCAUGACCUUGUCUAAAGAGGACACAGCUGGCUUUUGGGCAGCUAUUCAGAAUCAUGACCUUUCCUCUUAUCGAAGAAUCACCAAUCUCCUUCUCCCAUCAUUACCCCAACCGUUCCGUCAAAUCCCUCUCCGAGUUUUCCUCCCCUUACCGCCUGAUUCGGAUAGACCAGCUCUUAAAGUCGUCCAAUCACCCGUUUCCACUUCAAUCCAAUCAUCCUCCGGUACAGGCUCCUCUGCAGGGCGAAUGCAACCCCAAACAGUCGGGUCAGCUCUGCAUUCUUUGCUACCAAAUCUUUUCCCCAGCCGGCGAAUACCGGUUUUGGCAAAGCCAGUAUUACAUGGAGUCGUGUUGCCGAUGUCCGCCCCUCUGGAGGAAGUUGCGCGGAGUGCCGCAUAUGGAGAUGGAUGGAUAGCUAUUGUUAUUAGCAUGGUAGGGUGA